ACAUGAGAGCAAAAAUCUUUAUCACAUUGUUUCAGUGAAGGCUGAAUUCAGCCAACGGUUCUCACCCAGGGUAUUUUGUCAAACCAAUUUCCAACGGCUCUAAUAUCGAGACCGACCAGCCUCUGCAAUAUUCUGUAAGCAACGGGCACACCAAGCUUAAAGGAAACCCUAAUUUUUGCAAUACAUUGUCUAAUCAGUGUGAUACUACACCAUCGCUCUCUCUGAUCAAUACUCGCUAAAAAUCAACGAAGCCACCAUCGAUUUCUCAUCGUGUUCUCUCUCUUUAUCUCACUGUUUUCUCUCUCUAAAACUCUAUUUCUUUAAUCUGGUUUUCUGUUUUGCAGGGUUUUUUUUUUUUCUUUUCCCUUUUGAUUUUGUAGGUAUCUUUUUUUUUUUUUUUUUUUGGUGCUAACGUUAUGGAUGCAGGAUCUGGGAGGAUCUCUUCAUCAAGCAAGACACAGUCUCGAUGCCCUCUUCAAGAACAGUUUCUGCAAAGGAGAAAUGCUCGACAAAACUUGGAUAGAUUCAUACCCAAUCGGUCUGCAAUAGAUUUCGACUACGCGCAUUACAUGCUGACUAAGGGGAGGAAAGGCAAAGAGAACCCGGCUGUGAGCUCUCCAUCCAGUGAAGCAUACCAGAAGCAACUGGCAGAAACCUUCAACAUGAACCGGACCCGUAUACUGGCUUUUAAGAACAAGCCCCCCAUUCCUGUUGAGGCAAUUCCCUACAAUUUCUCCUCAUCUGUUCACCAAUCCAAACCAACAAAGCCCCGUCGGUACAUUCCCCAGACUUCUGAGAGGACAUUAGAUGCUCCAGAUCUGGUUGAUGAUUACUACUUGAAUUUAUUAGAUUGGGGUAGCAGCAAUGUUCUUGCCAUUGCUCUUGGAAACACGGUAUAUCUAUGGGAUGCUUCUGAUGGUUCUACCUCAGAACUUGUCACCCUUGAUGAUGAAAAUGGACCUGUGACAAGCGUAAAAUGGGCUUCUGAUGGCCGACACAUAGCUGUUGGCUUAAACAAUUCUGAAGUAUAUCUUUGGGAUUCUACAGCCAAUCGACAGUUGAGAACUUUGAGAGGUGGUCAUCAAUCACGAAUUGGGUCCCUGGAUUGGAACAAUCAUAUUUUGACAACAGGAGGAAUGGAUGGUCAAAUCAUCAACAAUGAUGUAAGAGUCAGAUCACAUAUAGUUGAAACCUAUAGGGGACACCAUCAAGAAGUUUGUGGGUUAAAAUGGUCAGCCUCAGGCCAGCAAUUAGCAAGUGGGGGAAAUGACAAUCUCCUCCAUAUAUGGGACAGAUCAGUGGCUUCUUCUAAUUCCCCAACGCAGUGGCUUCACAGGCUCGAAGACCACACAGCUGCCGUGAAAGCACUUGCUUGGUGCCCAUUCCAGGGUAACUUGCUGGCCUCUGGUGGAGGAGGAGGUGACGGGUGUAUAAAAUUUUGGAACACCCACACUGGAGCAUGCUUGAAUUCGGUUGACACAGGCUCUCAGGUUUGCUCUCUGUUGUGGAACAAGAAUGAGCGUGAGCUACUUAGUUCUCAUGGUUUUACUCAGAAUCAGCUCACUCUUUGGAAAUACCCAUCAAUGGUGAAAGUAGCAGAGCUUACUGGUCAUACAUCCAGAGUUCUUUUCAUGGCUCAAAGCCCAGAUGGAUGUACGGUUGCUUCUGCAGCAGGGGAUGAAACACUGAGAUUUUGGAAUGUUUUUGGGACUCCUGAAGUGGCAAAACCUGCACCAAAGGCAAACCCGGAGCCAUUUGCUCACUUUAACCGGAUUCGUUGAGUGUCAUUGGAAAAGAAUUGGUUGAGGAGACAUACACAAGAUCAUUAUAUAUUAAAGUCACUGAGGCAAACAACCAGCUCACUUAAACCGAAUUCGUUGAAGAUCAUUAAUGUUUGGUGUGAUGAUGGCAAACAUAAUCUCGUAUUAUUCUCAAACUAAACUAGUUGCAGAUGGUGAAUACAGCGGCUUGUUUGCAACUGGUUUUCAUUAAACAUCUAAACACGACCUCUUUGUAUUUUUGAAUUUUGAGCUCAAGAUAAGAGAAGAAGCACCAUGAAUACAUCAGCUUGCUUCCAACUGGUUUUCAUUUGUAUAUCUGUUUUUUGAGCUCAAGAUUAGAGAAACCAUGGAAAGGGUAGAAAAAAGGGAGAAACAGAUUUCUGUUGUACACACCCAAUUGUACUUGGUGGAAGCUUUCAGAUUAUCUUUGCAGGUGGACGUAGUCACCCCUUUGUAUUUCUGUUUUUUGUGAUCAAGAUAAAGAAAAGCGAAGCACCAUGGAAAGGGUAGAGAAAAGGGUGAUACAGAUUUCUGAUGUACGCGCCAAAUUGUACUUAAUGGAAGCUUUGAUAUUAUCUUUGCCCGUGGACGUAGUCACUCAUUGUGUCGAACCAUGUAAAACACAUUAUGUGAGGAAAAACAUUUAUAGAAUAAGACUAAGGAAAAACCAUGUAAUCAUUUCUGUAACCAAAUCAAAAGUGUCUUUUAUGAUUCUUUCUA